AUGAAGGUGCAGAACAGAAUGAAGUCGUCGCCAGGUGCGCUGUUGGUGCUAACCGUGCUGAAGGUGGCGGGAAAUCUUCUUGAACAUCGUACUACUCCUAACGAACCACCGGUGGAAAUUCUUAGCACAAUUGUAAAGGCACAUUACCGAGCACCGGAGAGCUACGUAGCACUACGCGUUCGAAACGGUAACCACUCCCGUCCAUCGUUCGUUCAGCGCGAUCUGCUAGAUGAUCUGAUGCGCUCCAACAGUGCCUGGUUGACCGUGAGUCACCAAGAUCUGCCCGUGACGGAUGGGCGUCCUGCCUACUACAAUGUGUUUCUGGUGCAAGAUUACAACUCCCUCUGCUCGCUGCUGGACGGCAUGAAGUAUCAAACACAUCACUACUACGGUUUGUACACAAUUGUCAUCGAACAUCUCCCAAACCGCGACCAGCUGUACACGGUGAUGGAAAAGCUUUGGAGCAUGCGGCUUAUGAAUGCCGUCGUGAUCGCGGAAGGAAGCGAUGAAGAACAGGUUGCCUACACGUACCAUCCGUACAGAGAACGGCAGUGCGGCAACGUGGAACCGUACGCGAUUGAUCGGUUUGUGAACGGCUCGUGGACUGAUCUAGACCGAUGGUAUACAAAGCGGACGGUGAAUUUUAACGGAUGCCCGCUCAUAAUCGGUACAAUCAACAUCAAACCAUUCUCGAUCAUUUACCUGGAACGAAACCGAACCCUGCACAAAGGCAUCGAGGUGUCGCAGGUUGUGAAUUUGGCCAAAAUGUUUAACUUUACCGUGCGAUAUCUGCUAUCCGACGGUGACACAAGGUGGGGCUUCGCACGGGAAGUCAACAGUACGGGGCUGAUGGGUAUGAUUCAGCGGAGUGAAGUCGAUUUUGGCUUUGGCAGCGUUGGCAUCGGGUUGGCCCGUGUUAUGUAUCUCCGGCAGGGCACACCCAGCCGCUACGGCCAGGUGUUGAUGGCGAUACCGCCCAAACGUACGUACACAUCGCUCGAGAAGCUGUUCCAACCGUUCAGCCUGCAGACGUGGCUGUGUGUUGUACUCUGCCUGGCGGCCAUCAGUUUGCUGGCACACGCGAUGUUCGGUAUGCGGAAGGACACGGCCGUCGACCGGUUGCCGCACACAGUCUACACCAUGUGGGUGCUAACGAUGGGUGGUUCAUGCCGGCCGGUCGCGAUGGAUAGUUCGCGGCUGUUCAUCGUCACCUUCAUCCUGAACAUGUUGGUCCUGCGUACACUGUACCACGCUGGAAUGUUUGAGCGCCUGCAAGCCUCGAACAGUUUGGCAUCGGAUUUGAACACGCUGGAGCAAAUCAACAGAGCGGGCAAGAUGUAUCACAUGCACAAAACCAUUACCCUGUACUUCAACGACAAUCCGCUGGUGGGACCGAGGCGCAUCCGUCUGAUACAGAACGACAACGUUAAUUGGGAGGCAUUGCUGUACCGGAUGUCACAGCAUGGCAGUGACUUUGUGGUAGCGUUACCGCUCGACUGCAUCAAGUACUACGUGAAGAUGCACGGCGAACGGGGCCUGGUUUACGUCGGCAAACACACCGGCAUUACGUACAAUACCGCGUUCUACUACCCGAAAACGACCUCGCUGCAGGAACCAUUCAGUACGCAGGUGUUGGCAUUCCAUUCGGCAGGGUUGAUCAAUUACUGGGCCCAAGAGUUCGAGGACAAUCGGUUCUGGUCGAAUGCGAAGACAGAUCCGGAACCAGCGAGCAUUCAGUGGGAUCACAUUUCGGGUGCAUUCUAUCUGUGCGGUACGGUGCACUUGAUAGCGGUUGGCGUAUUUAUCGCCGAGCUGGCAUAUGCCCGUUGGACGAAGCAAGCGGUCCGCCUGUGGCGUGUGGAGUAA